AUGAAGUGGCUGCUGCUCCUCGGCCUGCUGGCACUCUCUGAGUGCAUUGUCCACAAGGUCCCCCUGGUCAGAAAGAAGUCCUUGAGGAAGAACCUGAUUGAGAAGGGCUUGCUGCAGGACUACCUGAAGACUCACACUCUCAACCUGGCCACCAAGUACUUGCCCAAAGCUGCCUUCGACUCAGUGCCCACUGAGAGCCUGGAGAACUACCUGGAUACUGAAUACUUUGGCACCAUCAGCAUCGGAACCCCCCCUCAGGACUUCACUGUCAUCUUUGACACCGGCUCUUCCAACCUGUGGGUGCCCUCUGUCUACUGCUCCAGUGCUGCCUGCAGCGUCCAUAAUCAGUUCAACCCUGAGGACUCCUCCACCUUCCAGGCCACCAGCGAGUCUCUCUCCAUCACCUAUGGCACUGGCAGCAUGACAGGCUUCCUGGGAUACGACACUGUGAACGUUGGGAACAUCGAAGACACCAACCAGAUCUUUGGGCUGAGUGAGUCAGAGCCUGGCUCCUUCCUGUACUACGCUCCCUUCGAUGGCAUCCUGGGUCUGGCCUACCCCAGCAUUUCUGCCUCCGAUGCCACGCCCGUCUUUGACAACAUGUGGGACCAGGGCCUGGUGUCCCAGGACCUCUUCUCCGUCUACCUGAGCUCUGAUGAUGACAGCGGCAGCGUUGUGAUGUUUGGUGGCAUUGAUUCGUCUUACUACACAGGAAGCCUGAACUGGGUGCCAGUUUCUUAUGAGGGCUACUGGCAGAUCACCGUGGACAGCAUCACCAUGGAUGGAGAGACCAUUGCUUGUGCUGAUGGCUGCCAGGCCAUCGUGGACACGGGCACCUCCCUGCUGGCUGGCCCCACCAGUGCCAUUUCCAACAUCCAGAGCUACAUUGGAGCCUCUGAGAACUCUGAUGGCGAGAUGAUCGUCAGCUGCUCAUCCAUGUACUCCCUGCCCAACAUUGUCUUCACCAUCAACGGAGUCCAGUACCCUGUGCCUGCCAGUGCCUACAUCCUGGAGGAAGAUGAUGCCUGCGUUAGUGGCUUCGAGGGCAUGAACCUCGACACCUACACUGGUGAGCUCUGGAUUCUGGGUGACGUCUUCAUCCGCCAGUACUUCACCGUCUUCGACCGUGCCAACAAUCAGCUUGGCCUGGCUGCUGCAGCUUAA